ACGCUAUUGUGUCUCAGGCAGAGCAUAAGCUAGCUAAUUACACAACAAUGAACGCAAACGCUAAAACCACGUUCAUUGUCCCGUUAUAGCGGCAGUAGUAAAGAAAGGGUGGCUGGUUGUGAGUUGGGCUGCAAGAAAAGCAGCUUUCUUUGCAGGAGCAGACUGGUUUAUCCGAGCUGUCGUACAAAGAUAACAAUCUGAGUGUACCGUUCAGUAGCUCUGAUGCUACAGCCAGGCUAACCACCGCUGUCUGUUAGUGUGACCGUAAAUGCCGUCCCCUCCAUAGAGGUAGUAGCUCCACGACUAAAGGUUCCGGGAAGGUGUUUAUUGUCACGCCGGUUGUACAAUUUCUCUCGUGAAUGCAAACAAAGCUUUAGCAUCGUUUAAGAUUACUACUACCCCUCUUUCAGACAUGGACUGGAACACAUCUUAAGUAUUAGUUGAGCUGUGCACAAAUGCGAACAUGAACAAAGGCUGGCUGGAGCUGGAGAGUGAUCCAGGACUCUUCACUUUGCUGGUUGAAGAUUUUGGUAUCAAAGGUGUCCAAGUAGAGGAAAUCUAUGAUCUUCAAAGCAAGUGUCAAAGUCCUGUCUAUGGCUUCAUCUUCCUGUUCAAGUGGAUCGAGGAACGUCGAUCCAGGAGGAAAGUCAACACUUUGGUGGAUGAGACUUCCGUCAUUGACGAGGAAAUUGUAAAUGAUAUGUUCUUUGCUCAUCAGCUGAUACCAAAUUCAUGUGCCACCCACGCUUUGUUGAGUGUGCUCCUGAACUGCAGCGGCGUUGAGCUCGGCACCACCCUUAGUCGUAUGAAGGCUUUCACAAAAGGCUUUAGUCCAGAGAGUAAAGGUUACGCAAUAGGAAAUGCCCCAGAGCUUGCUAGAGCACAUAACAGCCACGCCAGACCGGAGCCCAGGCACCUACCGGAGAAACAGAAUGGGAUCAGCGCAGUGCGGACCAUGGAGGCCUUCCACUUUGUGAGCUAUGUGCCCAUCAAAGACCGCCUCUUUGAGCUCGAUGGACUCAAGGCUUACCCCAUUGACCACGGUCCCUGGGGAGAAGAGGAGGAAUGGACCGAUAAAGCUCGGCGGGUUAUCAUGGAGAGGAUUGGAUUGGCCACUGCUGGUGAGCCGUACCAUGACAUUCGCUUCAACCUGAUGGCGGUGGUGCCUGACCGCAGGAUGAAGUAUGAGUCCAAACUGGAAAUUCUUAAGAGGAAUCGACAAACUGUUCUGGAGGGUCUACAGAAGAUGAUCCGGCUCACUCAGCCCGAGCUCGUCCAUGACAAGAAGCAGCAGGAAUCUUCCUCCCCUGAUGAUGGCACCACUGCGAUCAAGAAAGAGGCAGACGUGGAGCCAGUUACAUCGCAGGGGGCUGAUCGAGAUUCAGUGGAUGAGUCAGGAGUUCAGUCUAAGGAUGCCCCCAGCCCCGCAAGAAACACUAAGGUCAUGGGCAAACCAGCAGCCCCCACAGGAGGAGGAGGUCCCCAGCAAGUCUCCAGUCCCAACCCCAUCGUUCAACGCCUGCCUGCCUUCCUGGACAACCACAACUACGCCAAGUCUCCAAUGCAGGAAGAAGAGGAUCUUGCUGCUGGAGUUGCUCGUUCUCGAGUGGCAGCGCCUCCCCAAACCACAUACUCUGAUGAUGAAGAUGACUAUGAGGAUGACGAGGAGGAAGUAACUGGUUCCGCGAGCGCAUCCAGCAGGUUUAGACGGAAGGCAAGUCUGCGAUCUCGACCGGGACGAGUAGGGACCGGGAUGGAGAGCCAGAUUGCCCUAACUGUAUUGGCUGAGAAACUGAAGAAGGAGGCCCAAAGGAAGGAUGCCCUAAAUACACCCCUCUCUGUACGAACAGAAGGGCGCACAGGAGGUAUCUGCAUCACAUCUGCCUCGCAGCCAUCCCCCACACCCAGCAACGAAAGCACCGACACGGCCUCCGAGAUUGGCAGCGCCUUCAACUCCCCGCUGCGCUCGCCCGCGCGCUCCCAGGCCGCCACGCGCCCGUCCAGUCCAGUUGCAUCCCAUCUGUCUCGUGUGCUGUUUGGAGAAGAUGAGAUGCUGAGGCUGGACUCCAGACAUAACCGCGCUGUCAGAGAGCUGGGUCCCUCUGUCAGCGCAGCCAUGUUACACCUGCAGGAGGACGGAGUCAUCUACGCUCUGCCUCCAUCUGAUGUGGCUGCUGAUGGUACAAAGCGGCCGUGCACUCCUGAGAAGAUAAAAGAUAAAGAGAAAGCGGACGUUUCAGCAGGAGGGAAAGAGGGCGCGAACGAGGGAGACGAGGGUCCGUCUGCGGAGGUGAAGGAAGAAGAGGGCAAAAAUAGAGCAGAGGUGAAGCCCAGCAAGGAAAAGCUCAACGCUAUGGAAACCGCUGCAGACAGCAAGCCCCCCGGGGAUAAGUACUCUCCCAAAGAGCUGCUUGCACUUCUCAAGUGCGUGGAGGCCGACAUUGCCAAUUAUGAGGUGUAUCUAAAGGAGGAAGUAGAAAAGAGAAAGAAAUACAAAAUUGAUGAUCAGAGGAGGACCCAUAACUACGAUGAGUUCAUCUGCACCUUUAUAUCAAUGCUGGCCCAAGAAGGCAUGCUGGCCAGCCUUGUGGAGCAAAACAUUUCCGUGCGUCGUCGGCAGGGAGUGAGUAUCGGACGCUUGCACAAACAGAGGAAGCCUGAUCGCAGGAAACGCUCCCGACCGUACAAAGCCAAGCGCCAGUAAUCAAAAACAAUCAUGACUUCUGUAAAGAAACGCACACCUGUGAGCAGCGAGCAGUCACCGCAGAGAAAAUGAAAAAUUGACACACUCCUGAAGCUCUCUCUCAUAAAGGCCGUCUAGUGUUGUAUUUUAGUCCGAGCCUCCUCUCCUUCAUGAAAUGGACCAUGUGUUUUGGUCAGCUCUUUUAUCACUGAUGUAUAUAUGUACUACUGUUUUAGUUUCAAUGUAAAUGUUCUUCUUUCUUGUGCCACUGCUAUUGACGGUUUGUAAAUAUGAAAAAAGGCAUGUGACCAAUGGUGCAUCUGAAUGCCUUUUCAUCUGGCAAAGUAUUCAUUCUUAUUGAAAGAUAAGUUCAGUCUUACGGUCAGUACAGUUACGUAUGUCGCUAAAUAUACAACUCGGUAACAAUAAGUCGAUAUACUCAUGUUUUUACGGUGCCAAUGAAGUAUUGAAUGUGUUUUAUUCAUCCAUAGCAUUUCAGUUAUAAUCUCUUCACUGUUGGUAAUUCACUAUAUAACAUAAAAAGCAUCUUUUAAUCACAUUCUUCAUGGACAAUUUUUAAACUCAAGAAGAAGUCAUGAUUUUUCCUUUUUGUUGGAAUGGUCUCUAGCUGUGUAUGAAUAUCUGUAGAGGUCCUGCAAAUGAAAACAAGCUCUUGUGUUAUUUUUGUACUUGAACUGGAUCUCAAAGUGAAUGAAUAUCAAGUCGGAUGUGUGCAGUUGUGUGUUUUUGUACAUAUGUAUUAGUUAAUUGGCUCACCUGUACACUGAGCUCAGUUGUUCUUUGUGCUUGCCAAUUCAUACUAAAAUAAAGUCAAUCAAAAUAUCUUGCUAUAA